ACUCACCUGGCUGAUGUAAGAAGCCGAGCUGUGCUCAGACAGGUCUGACUCUGAGCCCGGCUCACACCUGAAUGCAGCACUGAGGAGGUUCUGGUGGGCCGGCAGGAUGGCCUCUGAAUAUAACCCCUACUGUAAGUUCACGCGGGUCUGGAUCCCGGACCCGGACGAGGUGUGGAAGGCUGCGGAGAUCACCAGAGACUACAAGGAGGGAGAACCGGUUCUCCACCUGCAGCUGGAGGAUGGCACGCCCCUGGAGUACCAGGUGGGUCCGAAGUCCAACGCGCUGCCGUUCCUGAAGAACCCCGACAUCCUGGUGGGCGAGAACGACCUGACGGCGCUGAGCUACCUGCAUGAACCCGCCGUGCUGCACAACCUGAGGGUCCGCUUCCUGGAGUCCAACAACAUCUACACCUACUGUGGUAUCGUGCUGGUGGCCAUCAACCCGUACGAGCAGCUGCAGAUCUACGGGGAGGAGGUGAUCACCGCCUACAGCGGGCAGAACAUGGGCGACAUGGACCCCCACAUCUUCGCCGUGGCCGAGGAGGCGUACAAGCAGAUGGCCAGAGACGAGAAGAACCAGUCCAUCAUCGUGAGCGGAGAGUCCGGCGCCGGGAAGACGGUGUCAGCAAAGUACGCCAUGAGGUACUUCGCCACGGUGGGCGGCUCCUCCAGCGACGCCAACGUGGAGGAGAAGGUCCUGGCCUCCAACCCCAUCAUGGAGGCCAUCGGGAACGCCAAAACCACGCGGAACGACAACAGCAGCCGCUUCGGGAAGUACAUCCAGAUCGUCUUCAGCAAACACUACCACAUCAUCGGCGCCAACAUGAGGACCUACCUGCUGGAGAAGUCCCGCGUCGUCUUCCAGGCUGAAGAUGAGAGGAACUACCACAUCUUCUACCAGCUGUGCGCCUCAGCCAGCCUACCAGAGUUUGAAGACCUGAGCCUGGCGAGCGCCGAGGACUUCACCUACACGUCUUUGGGAGAGAACAUCUUCAUCGAGGGAGUGAAUGACGCCGAGGACCUUAGAAGGACCAGGGAGGCCUUCACGCUGCUGGGUAUAAAGGAGAGCAGUCAGAGCAGCAUCUUCAAGAUCGUGGCCUCCAUCCUCCACCUGGGCAACGUGGAGAUCAUCUCUGAGCGUGACGGGGAGUCCUGCCACGUGGCUAGGAAGGACGUGCACCUGGAGCACUUCUGCAGGCUGCUGGGCGUGGAGCUGAAGCAGGUGGAGCACUGGCUGUGCCACAGGAAGCUGGCCACGGCCUCGGAGACCUACCUGAAGAAGAUGUCCUCGCAGCAGGCGCAGAACGCCCGCGACGCGCUGGCCAAGCACAUCUACGCCCGCCUCUUCGACUGGAUCGUGGAGCACAUCAACAGGGCGCUGCAGACCUCCGCCAAGCAGCACUCCUUCAUCGGGGUUCUGGACAUCUACGGCUUCGAGACCUUCGAGGUGAACAGCUUCGAGCAGUUCUGCAUCAACUACGCCAACGAGAAGCUGCAGCAGCAGUUCAACUCGCACGUCUUCAAGCUGGAGCAGGACGAGUACAUGAAGGAGGAGAUCUGCUGGACCCGCAUCGACUUCUACGACAACCAGCCCUGCAUCGACCUGAUCGAGGCCCGGCUCGGCAUCCUGGACCUGCUGGACGAGGAGUGCAAGGUUCCAAAGGGAACGGAUCAGAACUGGGCCCAGAAGCUCUACAAGCAGAACUCCAGCAGCGCUCACUUCCAGAAGCCCAGAAUGUCCAACACCUCCUUCAUCAUCAUCCACUUUGCUGACAAGGUGGAGUACCAGUGCGAAGGCUUCCUGGAGAAGAACAGAGACACCGUCUAUGAGGAGCAGAUCAACAUCCUGAAGGCCAGCCAGUUCCCGCUGGUCGCUGAUCUCUUCCAGGACAAAGACGGCGCCGCCUCCAAACCCUCCAAGGUGAACGUCCGGGCCCUGAAGACGGUCCCCAAAGUCCCCAACAAGGAGCACAGGAAGACCGUGGGCCACCAGUUCCGCUCGUCGCUGCACCUCCUGAUGGACACCCUGAACGCCACCACGCCUCACUACGUGCGCUGCAUCAAGCCCAACGACUUCAAGGAGGCCUUCUCGUUCGACUCGCGGCGGGCCGUGCAGCAGCUCCGGGCCUGCGGGGUUCUGGAGACCAUCCGGAUCAGCGCCGCCGGCUAUCCGUCCAGGUGGACCUACCCAGACUUCUUCAGCCGGUACCGGGUUCUGAUGAAGAAGUCCGACUUCACGUCAGCAGAUAAGAAGCAGGUGUGCAGGAACCUGCUGGAGACGCUGGUAAAGGAACCCGACAUGUUCCAGUUUGGGAAGACCAAGAUCUUCUUCCGGGCCGGACAGGUGGCGUACCUGGAGAAGCUGCGGACCGACCGGUUCCGCUCGGCCUGCAUCAAGAUCCAGAAGACGGUGCGGGGCUGGCUGCAGCGGAUCCGGUACCGCAAGAUCCGCGCCGCCGCCGUCGGCCUGCAGCGAUACGGCCGAGGAUACCUGGCCCGCAGGUACGCCGAGCUGCUGCGUCAGAACCGAGCCGCCCUCAUCUGUCAGAAGCAGUACCGCAUGGUCCGAGAACGGAGGCGGUACCUGAGGACCAGACGGGCCGUGGUCACCAUCCAGGCCUUCACCCGAGGAAUGUUCACCCGCCGGAUCUACUGGGAGUUCCUGCUGCACCACAAGGCCAUGGUGAUCCAGAAGCACGUGCGCGGCUGGCUGCAGCGGACCCGGUACCGGCGGCAGCGCGACGCCGCCGUCACCAUCCAGUGCGCCUUCAGGAGGACGCAGGCCAAGCGGCAGCUGAAGCAGCUGAAGAUCGAGGCGCGGUCCGCAGAACAUCUGAAGAACCUCAACACGGGCAUGGAGAACAAGAUCGUGCAGCUGCAGAGGAAGAUGGACGAGCAGUCCAAGGAGUACCGAAGCCAGAACGAGCAGCUGCUGAGCACCAACAGCGCCCUGGGCUCGGAGGUGGCCAAGCUGCAGAAGGAGCUGCAGGUGAUGCGGAGCCACAAGCCUGACGGAGGCCAGGUGGUGGCGCUGCAGCAGGAGGUGGAGGCGCUGCAGGAGGCGCUGCAGGAGGCGCAGGCCCAGAGGAAGAGGAUGGAGGAGGAGCACGGCAGCGAGAAGCUGAGCCUCGCCCAGAGGGUGGAGGAGCUGGAGAAGGAGAACGCGGUUCUGAAGACGGAGAAGGACGAGCUGAACCGCCGGAUCCAGCAGCAGGCCAAGAACUCCGCAGAGGAGGCGAGCAGCGCCUCGCUGCAGACCGAGCUGGACCAGGAGCGGGAACGGUACCAGAACCUCCUGAAGGAGUUCUCCAGGCUGGAGCAGCGCUACGACAACCUGAAGGAGGAGAUGUCUCUGAACAAGCAGUUCCACCCGGGUCACCACCGGAACCCGUCCAACCAGAGCAGCCUGGAGUCGGACUCCAACUACCCGUCUGUGUCCACCUCUGAGGUGGGAGACACCGAGGACUCCAUCCAGCAGGUGGACGAGAUGGGCCUGGAGAAGGCGGCCAUGGACAUCAGUCUGUUCAUGAAGCUGCAGAAACGGGUCAGAGAGCUGGAGACGGAGAGGAAGAGGCUGCAGCUCAACCUGGACAAGAUGGAGGAGCUGGCCAAGCGCAAGGGUUCUGACGCCAGGAGAACGUCUGACGUGGAGAACGCGGAUCUGGCCUACAACAACCUGAAGAGGCAGGAGCUGGAAUCAGAGAACAAGAAGCUGAAGAACGACCUGAACGACCUGAGGAAGACCAUCGCUGAGCGCGCCACGCAGGACGGCGCCACCGGCGAGCUGCAGGACAGCUACAACCUGCUGCUCGGUCAGCUGAAGGCGGCCGGCGAGGAGCUGGACGCCCGCAAGGAGGAGGUUCUGAUCCUGAGGACCCAGAUCGUGAGCAGCGUGCAGCAGCAGGAGCAGAGCGUGCGCACGGAAGGUGAGGCGGACGGCGGUCCGGAUGGCGGCGCCGAGCCGGCGGACAAAGAGGAGGCGCUCAAAGCGUACCACGGCCUGAGCGAGUCCAAGAAUGGGCUGCAGGACUGGGCCCGGCUGAACGAGGACGGCGAGCUGGGUCUGGCCUACCAGGGUCUGAAACGAGUGUCCAGGCUGCUGGAGGCCCAGCUGCAGAACCAGGCCCGGCGGCACCGGGACGAGCUGGAGGCGCUGAACACGCAGAUCGAGCUGCUGAAGGACGACCUGGAGAAGAAGCAGGAGCACCUGAACAACAUCUCCUCCCUGUCCCCAGAGGCCAGGGUGGAGUACACCGUCCAGCAGGAGCUCAACCGGCUCUCCAACGAAAACCUGAACCUCAAGGAGCUGCUGGAGAAACUGGAGAAGAACGAGAGGAAGCUGAAGAAGCAGCUGAGGAUCUACAUGAAGAAGGUCCAGGAGCUGGAAGCUUCCCUGGCUGCGACCCAGAACCGGACCAAACACGAGCUGACCCGGCAGGUGACGCUGCAGAGGAAGGAGAAGGACUUUGAGGGGAUGCUGGAGUACGUGAAGGAGGACGAGGCCCGGCUCAUCAAGACCCUCAUCACAGACAUCCGACCCGGUUCUGUGUCGGCCACCGUCCCCUGCCUGCCCGCCUACAUCCUCUUCAUGUGCAUCCGCCACGCCGACUACGUCAACGACGACCAGAAGGUGGUGUCGCUGCUCACCUCCACCAUCAACGCCAUCAAGAAGGUCCUCAAGAGGAACAACGACGACUUUGAGAUGAUGUCGUUCUGGCUGGCCAACACCAGCCGGCUGCUGCACUGCCUGAAGCAGUACAGCGGAGAGGAGGCCUUCAUGACCCAGAACACGGCCAAACAGAACGAGCACUGCCUGAAGAACUUUGACCUGGCCGAGUACCGGCAGAUCCUGAGCGACUUGUCCAUCCAGAUCUACCAGCAGCUCAUCAAGGUGGCCGAGGGCAUCAUCCAGCCCAUGAUCGUGUCGGCCAUGUUGGAGAGCGAGAGCAUCCCGAGCCUGGCCGGAGUCAAACCCAUGGGCUACCGGAACCGCUCGUCCAGCAUGGACACGGACGCGGACGGGCCCACCAGCUACACGCUGCAGGGCCUGAUCCGGCAGCUGGCCCAGUUCAACGGCACCAUGCGGGACCACGGGAUGGACCCCGAGAUCGCCGGCCAGGUGGUCCGCCAGCUCUUCCACCUCAUCAACGCCGUCACGCUCAACAACCUCCUGCUGCGCAAAGACGUCUGCUCCUGGAGCACCGGCAUGCAGCUCAGGUACAACACCAGCCAGCUGGAGGAGUGGCUGCGGGCCAACAACCUGUUCCAGAGCAAAGCCGCCGCCACGCUGGAGCCCAUCAUCCAGGCCGCUCAGCUGCUGCAGGUCAAGAAGAAGACGUCCCAGGACGCCGAGGCCAUCUGCUCGCUCUGCACCGCGCUCACCGUGCAGCAGAUCGUGAAGAUCCUGAACCUGUACACGCCUCUGAACGAGUUCGAGGAGCGGGUCACCGUGUCCUUCAUCAGAAACAUCCAGAGUAACCUCCAGGAGAGGAACGACCCACCGCAGCUCCUGAUGGACACCAAGCACACCUUCCCCGUCCUCUUCCCUUACACCCCCUCGGCUCUGAGCCUGGAGGGCAUGCACAUCCCCGCCUCCCUGGGCCUGGACUUCCUCAUCAGGGUGUGACGUCUCUCAGAGCUCCACAGACUCUGACGUAUAACCUUUGCUUCGUUCGUCCGUUUCCUCCUGGUCUGGUCUGCAGCACCUCUGAGACGUUCCUCAGUGCAGGUGGUUAGCUCCUGGCUGCGGUCCAGAGACGGUCAGAGCAGGUGAGCCAGGAGGUUCAGGGAGAGCAGCAGGAGGAGAGCAGCAGGAGGAGAGCAGCAGGUGGAGAGCAGCAGGAGGAGAGCAGCAGGUGGAGAGCAGCAGGUGGAGAGCAGGAUGGACGAAGAUGUCCCCAGGAAGCAAGUCUGAAGCAGCAGGAGCAACAUCUACAGCUGCGUCGUGUCUGUGGAGCCUCCAGACGUCUCAUCCUGUUGCUGUGAGCAGAUGUUGGAUCUCUGACCAGAACCAUGUGGAUCAGGACCUGAAGCCGAGGUUCUCCUCAGUCCAAUUAUGAUUUUAAACCAAUCAGAACUCGUCAUCCUCAGAUUUCUCUGUAAUCAGGAGAAAACGGACCGACUUUAAAUCUCAACACUUCUUUCAUGUUCAGCUUUUAUUUUGAAAGUUUGGGAUCUUCUUCCUGUGUGAUUCCUCCAGUUUGUGGUGACACUAAAGUGUAAAAUAUAGAAAUCAGGUGUAUUUUCUAUCAGCCAGAACCGCCUCUGUGUCUGCAGCGUGCCCCAAAGCAAUAAAGGAUCCGGUUCUGGUUCUUCGGACCCGUAGCUGCUGCAGAACUUUGUGCUUCAUGCAGAUCGGUUCUUCCUCUGUAAUAAAGAUUUCUCUGUCAGAGCUUUAAAAUAUUGUUUCUGAGUAAAA